AUGAAGUCCAUUUUGCUGUCUCUGUCGCUGCUGGCCUCCGCCACUGUUGGCGUCCUAGCCUCUGAAGAGCUGGGCAUCGACGUUACAGUUCCCGUCGAGUGCGCUCGCAAGACUCGCAAGGGCGACAAGAUCAACGUCCAUUACCGCGGCACCCUCCAAUCCAACGGCCAGCAGCCGUCAAUGUGUUCUGCGCUUCGAGCAAUGCUAACAUCCGUGACUGCUCCAGGCUAUGACCGCGGGUCACCCUUCAGCUUCAAGCUCGGCGGUGGUCAGGUUAUCAAGGGAUGGGACGAAGGCCUCGUCGACAUGUGCAUCGGCGAGAAGCGGACAUUGACGGUUCCUCCCAGUUACGGCUAUGGCCAGCGUUCCAUCGGUCCCAUCCCGGCCGGUUCCACCCUGGUUUUCGAGACCGAGUUGGUGGGCAUUGACGGUGUCCCCAAGCCCGAAUCCAUCGUUUACAAGAAGGCCGCCGAGAAGGCCGAGGAGGCUGCUUCCACGGUUGAUGAAAAGGCUGCUGAUGCCACCGACAAGGCUGGAGAGAAGAUUGCGGAGGCUACCGAGAAGGUCGAGGAGAAGGUCGAGCAGGCUUCUGCCAAUGUUGCCGAGAAGGUGGCCAGCGUGGUUAGCGGAGCUGCCGAAGCCGUCAAGACGGUUGUGGCCGACACUGAUGAUCUCCAGGAACAUAACGAGCUCUGA